AUGCCUAAACCGAUCAGCCCGGCUAGCCACCUUUUUCUACAGACGUGCCCCUUCAGAUGUACUCUUACGCCAUGGCUGUUGGCUCAUUUGCCUGCCCAACUACCCAACCUCCUCAACCUAAGGCUGCAACAUACGGGACGGGAUGUACUCACUGUGGAAUUCCUAAACACACUCGAGAAAUUUGUUACAAACUACACGAGUAUCCCGAUUGGUGGGAAGGACACAAAGGUUGAAAAGUUGUGCUUGGAUCUGGUCAUGCAGCUUUUGUCACCACUGAAUCUCAAUUAUCAUUGGCUCCUCAGGCCAGAUCCACCCUCCCCUCAACAUCUUCUAAUGACUCCUAGAUUUUGGGCGACUCAGGUAACUGUGGCUUUGUAUUUCAUACUUCUACCUCAAGUCGUGCUCUUGGCCGGAUUAUCGAUUCUAGAGUGA